UAAAGAAAAAAACAUUAUAAAAAUGAGAGUAGAUUCGCAAAUAAUCAUCAAAUGGUUUUCAGUCUCAGUGAUAAGGAAGAUAGGUGGAGGUGCCUUAAAGCUCCAAAAAUUUGUUUUACUAUUGGUCAUUUCCACAAAUCAGACAUAUAAAUGCCUAUGGGGAUUGAAUAUAUAAUUAUUUAAACAAUAGCAAUCGACUGUCCCCUACUGAUUGUAAGGAACUUCAGAUAUUGCAGAUCGAGGCACGACUGAAAAAGAUAUGGCGCCUAUAAUAGAGAAAGUAUUAGAUGGCUUUAAGCUUGCAGAAGGUCCUCAUUGGGAUACUAAAAAGCAGUGUUUGUAUUUUGUGGAUAUUGUUGAAGGUACCAUUUUCAAAUAUGUGCCAUCCACGAAGAAACUCACUAAAGCCAAGAUUGGUAACCACAACGUUUCAAUUAUAAUACCUCUCAAAUACAGAAAUAACGAGUUCAUAGUAACUUUGAACAAUUCUAUAGCUUUAAUUGAAUGGGAUGGAGAAAGUACAAAUAUAAAUUCAGUGAAACAAAUCUAUGAAGUGGAUGCUGGAACCAGCAAUGUAUUCAACGAUGGCAAAUGUGAUAAAACUGGAAGAAUUUGGGCAGGUACUAUGGGUGCAUCGCCCACAUCGAUUGGAGAACUUGUUAAAGGAAAAGGAACAUUAUACAACUUCUUUAAUAACAAGGCAACACCCCAUAGAGAUGGGAUUGGUAUAUCGAAUGGCAUUGCAUUUGACUACAAACGGGGAAAAAUGUAUUAUACAGAUUCAUUUAGCUUUAGAGUUGACCAAUAUGAUAUUGACUUCAGCCAAGGCAAAAUAUCAAAUAUGAAAACCAUCUUUUCAAUUAAGAAUCAAAGCGAACUGGCUGAAGAAACAUUUUGCGAUGGCAUGACGUUGGAUUCCGAUGGAAAUAUAUGGUUAGCAUUGUUUAAUUCUUCCAAGGUUUAUCAAAUAGAUCCUUCCAAACCAGAGACAGUUCUAAGGUUUGUGGAACUUCCAGCUGCACAGAUAACUUCCGUAGCAUUUGGGGGUCCAAAUCUGGAUGAGUUAUAUGUUACUUCUGGCAAUCUUUCUGAUAGACCCGGCGGACAAAGUCCAGGAUCUAUCUUUCGGGUAACAGGGCUGAAUGUCAAAGGACUACCUGCAGAUGAAGCCAUCCUUUAAACAAACUAGAUUCUCGUUAUAUUUUAUUGUUAAUUAUUAAUAUAAAUAAAGUUUAUUUACUAGUUCAAAAUUUUAGGCUAUAAAAAUGUUGAUUAUCUGGAUGCAUACGUUAAACAAUAUUAUUAUUUUUGUUUAUUUGUUUUGUCUUUUACAGUUACAAAUGCUCUCAUAUAUAUUCACUGACAAGGUAUUUUAUUCAUGGGAUAUUUUUCUUGAAUCAAAAUGUAUACAAACACAAAAUGUGCUAUUUUUAUAUAAAUUUUGUAGUAAUUUUCCAAGCAGUAAGGCAAUCUUCGCUGCCAGUCUUUAUUAAUCACUAUUAUUUUUUUUGAAAUCGUAAAUCGAACUGAUUUAUUUAUGAAUUCAAUCUUCGCAAAAUAAGCCGGGAGAUGUUAACAGAACUUCAACCACGAUUUUCUAAGUCCUGCCCUUUGCAAUACUGGAAGGUUAGAAAAAAUACUUACAAUUUAUGGAAAAAUCCACGGGUUUCCUGUGACAUUUUCCUGUGAAAAUUAGAUUUUUCAUGAGGAAAAAAUGGGAAGAUGCGAUGAAUUUCUGAGUCCUGCAAUAUCCAUAGAAUGACAGGAUACUAUCAAUUUUAUGAAGACAAUUUUUUGGACAGGAGGGUUGCAAAAGGACUAAGGGUGUAUAUAGAUAUACAAACAUGUAUGAAAAUAAUGAAAAUUUCAUAAUUUCCUGCCAACUUCAUCAAUUAAACAUAAUUAUUUGAAAAUUAUCGAAAAAAAUGUUGGCAUGACAUCUCCUAAUGUUUAACUGCACUUUUAAAAUUCUGUGAAAAAUUUUCACCUGGUUCCGUGCUUUUCUGAGUCAUAAAAUAAAUUUUAUUAUAAAAUAAAUAAUUUAAGUAGACAUUAUUUAAAAUGGCAGGAUGUUUAGUUACACAUUUUUUCCUAUACAUAGUUAAAAAAUGUGUAAGAAAAUUCGUGGAAAGUUACACGAUUUUCUGAGUCAUGCCAUUUUGCACAUAUCUCAAGAAUGUUAAUGUAAAGCUCUUUACAAAGAGGCAGGAUGGUUGUAUAGUUAUUUCGUAUACAAAAAUAAAAUUUUAAGUCUGUAAAAUUAUUGCUGGUUGUUAUACAAACAUAUUCAUAUCACCACAAUUUUCUGAGUCAUGGCAUGUCAAGUAUGCUUAAAAAACACUAAUCUAAAACCGUUUACAACGUGGCAGGAUAAUCGCAAAGAUAUUUAAUACAUAAAAAUUAAUUUUUAUAUCGUUAAAACAAUCGUACGGUAUUAAAUAUUAUUUUCCUGAGUAAUGUCUCGGAUUUUUACACACCUUUCAAAUCUAAUACCAAACUGUAAGAUCUUUAUUUUAAGCGAUUAGAUCAUAUUUGUAUCUAAGUAAACGUAAUAAAAGUAAUAGAAAGAAAAUCAAUAAUUUUACAAUUAAUUGUUUAUAGUAGGGAUUGUACCUAUUAUACAGGGUGUCCAGAAACUCUUCUAACUAACGAAGCCCGGAGAUUCCUCAGAUAAUUUUAAGAAAAUUUAACUCAAUUUACCUAGUCCGAUAAUGCUUCCUAAGGAAGCUAAAGCUCUUUAAAGAUUGUCUUUAAAGCAUAUUGUAAUUAGUUUUUUUACAAUAGCUCCAGAACACUUCUAUUAAGAAAAACGAAAAUUGGUACAUCUAUUUAUCUUUCAGAGAUAAAUCGAUUCCAUCAAUUGUCAAUUUUUAGUACCUGUCAGAGGCGUCCGUUUAGGGUAGGGAAACGGAUAUUUUAUCGCAUAACUUUUCUGUGUUUAACUUUAUUUCUGUGUUUAACUUUAGCAUUUUUGACACUGGAUUAUUAAACUAUGGGGUAUUCUUGUACUAAAAACUACUCUUGCUUUAAGUCGGUAGGACACGCCAGGUUCUAGAAACAUCGAUUUGAAAAAUUUUGCGGUUUUUGAAUUUGAAAAAAAAAAUAAAAAAAACUAUUUAGAAAAAGGAAAAAUGGUACGUUUAUUUCUCUUCCAGAGAUGAAUCGAGUUUAUCAAUAAUUGUGAAUUUCUAGUAUCGGUCAUAGGCGUCCGUCUUGGGUAGAUCAACGAAAUCUCAUAACUUGCUUUAAUUUUUAAGCAUUUUUGACAGUAGAGUAUUAAAUUAUGAGGUAUUCUAGUACUAAUGGUAGGGGAGCAAAGUAUGCUAAAUGUGCAGUCACUCGAGCGCUUUGGGGACCUAUUGGGUUGUGAUUAUUAGGUCCUAAAAUCAAAAAAAGUUAAGUAAAAUUUUCCAUUUUAGCGGGCGCUUGUCAUUUUUUAAUUUAAUUUUCCAUUUGCAAUACUUGUUUUUUCCGAUUAUAGCGCCAUCUAUCAAUAAUUCGAAAAAAUGUCUCGAACAAAAGUUGCUUAUUUUUACGUAAAGAAUCCAAAUCUGUAAUAAAAAUUUGGGGUUCCCAUUUAAGAUUUUAAAGUAACCCCCCACAUUGCCCCCGUGGUUUGGUACCAUUCGAUAAAUUUUUCAAAAACAUUUUGAAAGUGUAUUUUGCAGUUUUUCGAUCUGAUGUUCAUUUUGAAAAAUAUCGCGGGGUUUGUAUUUAAAAUUUUAAAUGUACCCCCCACCUCUCUCCGUGGGGGUCAUGUUUAGUACCAUUCGAUAGAUUUUUGAAAAAUAUUGAAGACGUAUUUUUUAGUUUUUCGAUAUGAUGUUCAUUUCGCGAAAUAUGCACUUUUCUUUUGUGAAACUUUUUGACUCACCCAUUUCCUUACGCCUCGCUCAAAUCGUCAGAUUUUUGAAAUAUACACUCUCUUGCAUGUACUUAACUUACCUUAUCUUAAUCUGACAAUUUCGAGUAUUUUUAACACUAGAUAUUUUUUUUCGGGCCCCAAUUAACGAACCUCCCUGUGUUAAGAGCCAAUAUAUGGUAGAGGUACAUCUGGAGGGUACCACGUUUCUCCCAUAUGAUAAUCUUACGCGCUCGAGUAACUGCAAAAAACCCCGCUUGGGCUCCCCUACCAUAAAAGUUACUUUUGCUUUAAGUCGAUAAAUACACCAUUUUUUUUUAUUUUUUUAUUCAAAUUUUUCUUAAAUUCAAAAUACGAAAAAUUUUAAAAUUGAUUUUUCUAGAAAACGGUGCAUCCUACCGACUUAAAGAAAGAGUACCUUUUAGUACUAGAAUUCCUCACAAUUUAAAAAUAUAGUGUCAAAAAUGCUUAAAAGUUAAAAACAAAAAAGUUAUGCGAUAAAAUACCCGUUGUCCUACCCAAAACGGACUCCUAUGACCGGUACUAGAGAUUCGCAAUUGAUGGAAUCGAUUUAUCUCUAGAAGAUAAAAAGGCGGACCAGUUUUUGUUUAUCGAAAUGGAAGCGUUCUGGAGAUAUAAAAAAAACUAAUUACAAGGCGCCAUUUUCAAAGAGCUCUAGCUCCCUUAGGAAACAUUUUUGGAUUAGGUGAAUUGUGUUAAAUUGUCUUAAAAUGAUCUUAAUAAUCUUAAAUUUAUAUACAGGGUGUUCCAUUAAAAAAAAACAUAAUUUUGUGUCGCCCUGUCAAUACGGGUAGCCGUGUAUAUUAGAAAAUAUUUUUAAAUUAUGAUCCUAUCUUUGCCCCACGUUUUACCUAAUAAAUAACUUUCUUUCGUAUCUCUUACGACAAACGACUAAUUGGACUUUGUCACACUAAUGCCCCACCCUCUAUACGAAAUAACUAAAAAACCAUCCUGCCUCUUCCUAAAUAGACAUAUUAAGAUUCUUGAAACAUAUGCAAAAUGGCAUGACUCAGAACAUCGUCAAAUUUUGUACGAAACUUCUUACAAAUCUAGGACUCCUGCCGUCUUACUAGAACCGUUUAACCUUCCUGCCAAGUACCGAAAAAGUAUUGAUUGCAUUUGAGUAUUAAAACUUUUUAAAGGCAGGACUCAGAAAGUCACGGAAUCAGGGUGAAAAUUUUUCGCAGAAUUUUCCAAGCGACAAGUAUACUUAAACAUUAGGAGACGUCAUGCCAAUAUCUUUUUUGAUCAUUUUGAAAUAAAUAUGUUUAAUUUAUUCAGUUGGCAGGACCCAGAAAAUCAUGAAAAUUUCAUUAUUUUCCUUACAUGUUUGUAUACAUAUAUACUCCGUUAGCCCGUUUGCAUCCCUCCUGUCCAAAAAAUGUUCUUCAUAAAAUAGAUAGUAUCCUGUCAUUCUACGGAUAUGACAGGACUCAGAAAUUCAUCGCAAAACCCUAUUUUUAUUUUUUGGGAAAAUCUAGUUUUUACAGGAAAAUGUCACAGGAAAUUUGUGGAUGUUUCCACAGAUUGUAAGUACUUCGUCUACCCUUCCAGUGUUGCAAAAGGCAGGACUGAGAAAAUCGUGGCUGAACUUCUGUAUAAUAUCUCCCGGUCUAAAAUGAUUAUCGAUUAAAGGAGCUACAGAAGCGGUGAAAAAUGUAGUAGAAUAUUUUGAAUUUCCAUAAAAAUAGUAAGAUUAACUAAAUAUAUAUACUUUGGACUUUAACGGAUACACCUCUCAAAAAACUGGAAGCCUUUGAAAUCUGGGUGUAUCGGAGAAUCCUACGAAUAAGUAGGGUGGAUAGAAUUCGUAACGAAGUUGUUUUGCAUCGGAUGGGAAAAAUUACGGAAGUAACUUCUCCGACCGAUAUAAUAUACUCCAUUUAAUAAUACAAGGCAAGGUAGACGGAAGAAGUGGGCCCGGUCGAAGAAGAACGUCAUGGCUUAGAAACCUGAGAGAAUGGUUUAACAAAUCCUCUACAUCCCUUUUCUGAGCUGCCUACAACAAAAUUACUAUAGACAAUUUGAUAACCAACGCUCAAUAAUCGAGUACGGCACAUGAAGAAGAAAAAAAAAUGCAUAUCCAUUGAAACCAGAAGUAACGGUAUGAUAGUCGGAAAUGUCUCGGGCAGUUUUAAUAUCAAAAAAUAUAUUUUUCAGGUAUCUGUAGAUCUUUUUGUAUGCAAAAAUGUGUAAUAAUUAUUUAAAAUCAAUUUGAGGAUUAUAAGAGUAUGGAAAUAUAUGUGAGAACACAGACUAUUAUAGUUUUUGUCCUAUUUUUUAUCAUUCAAUCGUCUUCCUUAAUAUUUAUAAAUAUGAAGCAGAUAGUUUUCAUUGAAAUUCAAUAUAUUGGGUCUUAUUUGUCUGUAUUCAUUUCUGACUAAAUGUACGAUUCCGACAAUGGAAAGUGAUUAUCAGACGGCAACUGCAAACAUCUGCAGUUGCAGUUGUCGGCGUCACGGACGUUACUACUUUGCACUAUUUAUUUGUAUGAGACUGAUUCCGACAUCUGACUGCAACUGCUGUCCGGUAGAACGUCAGUUGAUAAUAAUUAUGCAAAUUAAUAAUGCAAAAUAAUGACGUGUGUCAUGGUGACAACUGUAGCUGCCGUCUGCAGUCGUUGUCGGAAUCGUACCUUUAAAGUGUGUGGUAUAAUUAUAAUAAUGAUAAUAUAUAACUUAAAUGGUUUAAACUUAAGUUUGUUAUUAAAUUGUGACUUAAAUGUUUAAUUUGUUAAUAAAUGAUUUAUUGGUUUA